CCCAGUCCUGCCCAGGUGGAGCUGAGGCCCUAGGUCUCCCGCCAGGAGGCGGCCAUGGUCCCCGCAGGCGGCCACCACCGGCCCGACAGGCCUCCCUUGAUCUACGUGACGCGCUUCGCCUCGCACCGGCCUGGCGUGUGGCCCUUGAGGGGCCCCCGGGGUCUCCGCCUUCAAGGCCCGGAGCUCGGGGCCUGCUUGGCCGUGGAGCGAGCCGCCGUGGAGAGCGGGCCCCCGGGAGGAGCGCUGCCCACCGGCUCCCGCGCCCGCGUCGCCGCCACCCCGGACUCCACCUCCUUCCAGCUGCGGAGGUCGAGGGCGUCGAGAGCACCGAGGGGCCUGGAGCAAGCGGCGCGAGCAGGUUUAAACCGGAAAAAUGCAGCUAAAGCGUUUGAUUUCCCCAUACCACUGAAUGAGACCUCCAAAAUAAUGAAGGAAAGGAAAAAGGUCUUAGCGUGGAAAAAAGUACGCAAAGUCAUUUCCAGAAUGAUUGCAGAAAAUGAAAAAUACAGACACAGACUGAAGUGCCAAAAUUUAUCUAGUGAAAUUCGAGUUAAUACAAGAUGAAUGUGAAUCUUCCUGUCUUCUCUGCUACAACUUAGUCACUUUAUGAGAUUCCAGCAACCUUGGAAUGUGGUCGUGUGUUCUUCAAGUGCCUGCUUCCAUCUGGGCAAAUGGCCUAGACUUUGCAUGCAUGUGAGAGUCACAGUUUCCCUGCAUACAUGCUCAUCCAACUUCUUUGGACAGUGCUAAGUAAAGUUUCUCGUUCCUUAUCCCUCAAUGAAGUUUCAAAUGUUAGUUCACACAACUUAAAUAUAUUACCAAAUGGAGCAUGUUUAUAAAUUUGACUGCAUGACAUUUUGUGGAGAGUGUGGACAAAGCUUUUCGGUCUUGUUCAACCUUAUGCUUAUGUUUAUGUGACCUGUCAGCUCUUCAUGGAAACACAGCCUGUUUUGUCAGCUCUGUCAGUGUUUAUUCAUGUCACUGUACAGGUGUCAUUCUAGAUAGUGUCCUGCUGUUCUAGAACAGUGCAGCUCUAAAGACUUUCAUGGAAAUGAAUGUUCUAAAUGUUGUAUUUAUUGUUUAAUAAA